GUGCGCGGCAGCAUUGUGUCCCAUUACCUCAUGUCCGUCUUUUACGAUUCUGCGCCUAUAUGAGAGUACACAGCAUCCGGCGUUGAACACUCUUUGUUCAGCCCACACGAGCUAUUCCCAUUCAACGCAUAUUAACGACUAGCACCAUCUUUUCACCAUAGCGUCCUCACGCCGAACGUCUAUGUUCAACGGGUUUCAUCCCCCUCAGCCACCAAGCGAUGCCGAACUCGCCACUCAGACAUUGAACGAGGAGUCCAGCUACCGCUUCCACUCCUUCAGCGCGAAUGACGCGGUCACCCUUGGCCUUUCCAUCCGGAAACGGUUCCGCGCGUCGAGCAGGCAUGCAAAGGGUAAGGGACUCGUCGUCUCCAUCCAGAGCAUUGCGGGGCACCCGCUGUUCUCAUGCACAGUCGGUGACCUCGGGGGACUUUCCGGAAUUGGAGAUGUCAGUUUGGAUAGCUGGGCGUGUCUCGAGGGGAUGAUUGAGGUUGUGAAGCGGACCGGACACUCGAGCUACUACGUAGAGAAAGGGAUGGCGGCCAUGGGAAAAACCCCGGCGCAAAUGGGCAUCAAAGCCGACCAUCUAUGUGGUGGUGCAUUUCCAAUAUGGCUAGAGAAUGCUCCCUGUUGUCCCAUCGCAAUUGCAGCAUGUUACUCUGGGUCAAGCGUGGAUGAUCACCAUGUGGGCUUUUCGCACAUACGUCUAGGGUCACUAACCUGUCCUACAGUUGGUCUUGACGACAAUUAGAGACUACCUCAAGAAGAUGGCACGGAAUGACGAAUCAGAAAUGACGCAUCAACGACCACCUUCCGAAAUCCCUACAAUACACUCGACAAGAUCUCCACCUAGAGAACGAGACAGCAUGGUAGGUCAUCACGCUGUUCAAACAUA